AUGAGAAGUACAAUUAAGCCUUUACCAUCAAUUAACAAUAGACCAUCUAUUGAUGAUGAGGAUUCUUAUCCUGGAAGAUUGCAUACUGUUCAAAGAAAGUUGAAGUUUGGAAGCAAUACAUACAUAAUUAGUAGUAAUACUACUGUUUCAGAAUCUUUAAAUAAAAAGUAGAAAUAAAUUCCUGUGACUGAGUCAUAGUUGUUACGACAAAUAGAUACAAAACUAGAAAUACAUAAGAAAGACAUUGAAUAGAGAAAUGAUAUGAUUAUUUCUAUUGAGAAAGGGUUUGAAUCUAUGAAAUAAGAAUUAGUUAAAGAAAAAAUGUAAAAUGAAGAGAAAUCCAAAUAACUACAAGAAUUAUAAGCUAGUUAUCAAGCAGUUUAAUUAAGAUUAAAGUAAGCAGGGGAUUCAUCUAAAUAAAAUUUAUAAGGUGAAAAAGAUCGAGAGAAAAUUAAUUCGUUAGAAAUUAGCAUUAAACAGUCAUAAGCAAAAGAAUAAGUGUUAUUAUAAUAAAUAGAAUCAUUAAACUAAUAAAUAUCUUAAUAUUAAGAAAAAUUAAAGAGUAAAGAAGAAAGUAACGAAGAAUUUAAGAGAUUAAAGGAUUAGCUGCAUAAAGCUGAAGUAUUAAAUUGUUGUUAAUAAAUAAGGAUUAGCUUAAUAAAAUGGAACAUUAAAUUAAUGAUAUUUAAAAAAGUAUUGAAAAAGAAAUUAAUGAAAAAAACAAUAUAAAGAAAUAAUAUGAUUAAUAUAGGAAUGAUAGUUAAUUGAAAGAGUAGAAUUUGAAUAAAGAGAUCUCAGCUUCAUUGAUAUUGAUAAAACAAUUAGAAUAAGAAAAGAAUGCAAUAAUGGAAAAUUUAAAGAAAUCAAAAGAUUAAAAUGAUUAAAAUAGUAAAUUAAAUGAAUAAAUGUUAAGUUUGAAAUUAUAACUUUCAGAAUUAUAAAAAACAAAAGAUGUAUGAUUAUUAAAUUAUGUAGAAAGAAAUUAGUUAAUUGAGAUAAAAAAUUGAAGAUUAAUCGAAAAAUUCUAUUGAAUUAAAUAGUUAAUUGGAAAAAUUAAAACAAAAAUAAUAAGAAUAAUAGUAAUUAUUACAAGAAAAGUUAUCAUAAUUGGAAUCAUUAAGAAAUUAAAAAUAAUUAUUAGACUAAGAAAAUUAAAACAAUUAAUCUGAAAUUAAUAAUUUGAAUACAUAAUUAGAAUCUUUGAAGGAAUAAUUAUCUAAACCAAAAAAUACAAAAUAAAUUACAGAUACAAUUUUACAAUUAGAAAAAACUGAUGUAUUGAUAUUCUUAUUAAAAUUAUUAGAAAGAUAUAUAGAAGAAUUUAUCAUGCACAUUUUGUAACAAAUUCAUAAAAUAACCUGUUACAAUUAUACCUUGUGGACAUUCUUAUUGUUUUGAAUGCAAGAAAGGAUAUAAUAAAGAAUGUUUUAAAUGUGGACCUAAAUUAAAAAUUGAAGCUAUGUAUAGAAAUGAAUUACUUGAUGAUAUUAUAGCUAUGGUUAAAUUAAUUGAAUAAAGUAUUAAUAGCAUGAAAUAAGUUACUAAAUAAUGA